AUGGUUGUUGAGGCCUAUGCAUUGAAUAAAGGGAACGUCGACAUACAGCAUCUGGAUUUCAUUUACGACAGUGAACCUUUAGGGUUCGAAAAAGACCCAAAGGCACUAGAGAGAAUCCGACCAAAAGACCCUUUGGAAGAAGUCGACCUUGGCGAAAAUGGCGAAAGAAGGCCAACAUAUAUAAGCGCUAACAUCGACAACAAACUAAAGUCUGAGGUAAUAUCCAUACUCAAAGAACUUAGAGAUUGUUUCGCUUGGGAUUAUAAUGAAAUUCCUGGUUUGAGUAGAGAUUUGGUCGAGUUAAAGCUGCCCAUAAAAGCUGGGAGAAAACCAGUGAAGCAGACGCCCAGGCGUUUCGCCCCAGAGAUUAUGGCAAAGAUAAAAACAGAAGUAGAAAGACUCUUUAAAAGCAAGUUUAUACAGACUGCAAGAUACUUGUGUCCUGAACCCUAUCCGGAGGAGAAUUUGAAGUUUCUUAAAUCACAUAAUAUUCGUCUAUUUCAAUUUGGAAUUGAGGGGAAAACGGAAGUUUCUUUACCUAUUCUCAGUGAUUCUAUUAUGGAGGCUUUGAAAAUUUUACUUGAUGUGAGAAAUCACCCUGUUUUGAUUCAUUGCAAACGAGGAAAGCAUAGAACAGGUUGUGUAGUUGGUUGCUUCAGAAAGAUGCAGAACUGGUGUCUGUCUUCUGUGUUUGAGGAGUACCAGCGCUAUGCUGGUGCUAAAUCCAGGACAGCGGAUUUAACAUUUAUAGAGAUGUUUGACAUCAUAAAUCUUAGGCAGUGCAUAUUCUCAGAGAUGCUUUUGCUACUUAGUUUUAUUCAUAGUUAA